UCGAUCGAGGGAGUAACGAGCGUAACGAGGAGCGAGUGUCCGAAAGUCCGAAAGUCGAUUGAGAAAGCCUUAUCUUCUUGACUCGUGUGCCCAGCUCUCGCUGUCUCGCUGUCUCGCUGUCUCGCUGUGUCGUUGUCUCUCCGUGUGUCUUGCCUUUGCUUCCUGCCAUAGCCUGCUUGGUGGACCCGUCCCUCCCUCCCUCCCUCCCUCCACCGCGUCCCAUUAUUUCAGUUGUCAUCCUAUGAUUUCUCCCAAUCUCUUUCCCCCUGUUUGGAUCCAGUUUGGAUGACGUCCGGUUGACACUGGCAUUCGUUACACUACUCACUUGAUUGCCCCUGGGUUUUUGGCCGUUCAAUGGUCCUCUUGGCCCGUGCUGUCUGCCGCUUGACGCUCCGUUCGCUCGCGGCUCCUCCCUCUUGGUUCGGGUCAGCCCUGGCCUUUAGCCGUGCGUCCGCCUGUGCUCGAUAUCGCGGAGUGGUGGCCAAUACUUCGGCUAUCUUGAGCCUGUUUUUGAGCCGGUGCGGUGGGUUGUCCCAGAGUUCCAUGAGUUUGACCAGGGCGUCUAGUGAGAGUGAGAGCAAUAUGACGGAGGCGGUGAGCCAAAGGGUGGAGGACGUCAUCCAGUCGGCCUCGGAUCAGCGACAAUAUCGCGCUUUGAAGUUGACCAAUGGUUUGCGAGUGAUGCUGGUGUCCGAUCCGGAGACGGAGAAGGCCGCCGCCUCGCUCGAUGUCCAUGUGGGUCACAUGAAGGAUCCCCGAGAACUCCCGGGAUUGGCCCAUUUCCUUGAGCAUAUGCUCUUUAUGGGCACCAAGAAGUUUCCCAACGAGAACGAGUACAGCAAGUUUCUGAACCAACACGGCGGGUGCUCCAACGCUUACACGGCCAGCGACCAUACCAACUUCUACUUUGAUGUGACGAGCCAGCAUUUGCCGGGGGCGUUAGACCGGUUUGCCCAAUUCUUUCUCGAGCCGCUCUUCACCGAAGAUGCCACGGAACGCGAGGUCAAGGCGGUCAAUUCCGAGCAUGACAAGAACGUGGCGUCUGAUUCUUGGCGCUUGCGGCAAUUGCAGCAACAGUUCUCGGAUCCGGAGCACGACUUCAACAAGUUUGGUACGGGCAAUUUGGACACCUUGUGGAACGGACCCCGAGAGAAAGGACUUGAUGUCCGGCAGGCCUUGCUCCAAUUCCACGACCAAUGGUACUCCAGUAAUAUUAUGACCUUGUGCGUUUUGGGACGAGAAACCCUGGACGAGUUGGAGAAAUUAGUCGUGCCCCUCUUCGCCGGCGUGGUCAACAAGGAUCGGGAGGUGCCGUUUUGGCUGGAUCACCCGCUGCGGGAUCAAGAUUGUGGACAAAUUACGUACGUGGUGCCCAUCAAAGACUUCCGCGAUAUGCAUGUUGUCUUUCCUAUUCCUGAUUUGCGCCCGCACUACAAAUCUGGACCUAGUCAUUAUGUGAGUCACUUGAUUGGCCAUGAAGGCGAAGGAAGUUUGCUGUCGCUAUUGAAACAAAAAGGUUGGGCCAAUUCCUUGUAUGGUGGACCGAAGAACGGGUCCAAAGGCUUCGCUUUCUUUAUCAUCAGUUUGGAACUGACUGAGGAGGGACUCGAACAUACGGACGAGAUUAUUGGACUGGUUUUUCAAUACUUGAAGAUGCUGCGGGAGGCUGGCCCGCAGAAAUGGACUUUUGACGAGAGCAAAAGCAUCAACGAUAUGAGAUUCCGAUUCAAAGACAAAGAGAGUCCCAUCAACUACGUGGAGUAUGUGGCCCAAAAUAUGCAAUACUUCUCUUUGCCAGAAGUUUUGUACGCCGACUACGACUUAUCCGAGUGGAAACCUGAAUUGGUGGAUAGGGUGCUGGAAAAUCUCGUGCCUGAAAAGACACAAGUGUCCAUCUUAUCGCAAAAGUUUACUGACAUUGCCACUCACACGGAAAAAUGGUAUGGCACCAAGUAUCACACCGAACCCAUUCCGCAUGAGAAACUUAACCGUUGGACCAACGAACCCGUUGAUCCCGCCCUUCGCCUACCUCCGCCUAAUCCGUUUAUUCCGACUGACUUUUCACUGGCUCCUAGAGAAGAAACCAACCUACCUCAUCCUGUCAUCAUCAAAGACACGCCCUUGUUCCGAGUUUGGUUUAAGCAAGACGAUCAAUUUCUCUUGCCCAAGAGUUGCAUCUACUUUGAGCUGCGCUCGCCCAUGGUUUAUCUGGAUCCUCAUCACGAUAACAUGACUCGCAUGUUUGUCCGCUUGCUCCAAGAUGACCUGAAUGAGUUUGCCUAUGAUGCCGAACUGGCGGGUCUCAAUUAUCGUAUUAACAACACGAAAGCCGGCCUCAAUCUGUCCAUUAAAGGCUACAACCAAAAGCAAAGCGUCUUGUUGGAAAAGCUUGUUUCUCGUAUGGCCAAUUUCAAAAUCAACCCGGAUCGUUUCAAACUCUUGAAAGAAUCGUACGUGCGAUUGUUGAAGAAUUUUGACAUGGAACAGCCACAUCGGCAUGCUGUCUACAAUAGCUCAAGUGUUCUAGUGGAUAGAAUCUGGAUGACCAAUGAGCUUGUUCAAGUAUUGGACGAACUGACCAUUGAGGCUGUUCAGGACUUCAUUCCCAGGUUCCUUGCCAAGUUGCAUAUCCAGUCCUUGAUGCAUGGAAAUAUGACAGAGGCGCAAUCCUUGGCUUUGGUUGAUCUGGUCGAGCGAACUCUUCAGAUAAAUGGCUCGGUACGUCCGUUACUCAUAUCACAAAUGGUGAGAGAUCGUGAGCUUCAAUUGGAAGCUGACACUCACCAUAUUCUCACCAAGGAGAAUCACUUCCACAAGAGCUCUUGCAUCGAGGUCUAUUUGCAAUGUGGAGAAGUCACUCCCAAAGAAAAGAUGAUCAUGGAAUUGUUUGCCCAUCUCAUUAAUGAGCCAUGCUUCAACAUUCUUCGAACUCAGGAACAACUGGGCUACAUCGUCUGGAGUGGGAGCCGACGGCAAUGCGGUGUUCAAGGCCUAAGAUUCAUCAUCCAAUCCGACAAGCACCCGAACUACCUUGACGACCGCAUCGAAUCCUUCUUGGCCUCCGUCCCAAAACUGUUGGAGGAUAUGUCGGAAGAGGAUUUCAGUGCCAACCGAACGGCCUUGAAGGAGAAGAUCCUGGAGAAGCCCAAAAGGCUCUCGUCCUUGUCCUACAUGUACUGGGCCGAAAUCGUAUCGCAACAAUACAACUUCGACCGUGACAACAUCGAGGCCACCGAACUGGACCAAAUCACGAAGAGUGAAGUUCUUCAAUUCUUCGAGAAAUAUUUCAGUCGCUCAGCACCCAGGAAGAAGUUGUCUUGUCACAUCAUUUCCAAAGCAGAAGGUGGGGCUGGAUUGGACCAUCAAACCACUGAGGAGAAAAGGGAACGCGCUCAAUCCAUCGACGAUUUGCUCAUGUUUAAAUCUAGCCGACCUUUACACCCGGUCCCCAAACCGUUUGUGGCUCCGGAGAACUUCUUGAAAGCCAAGUGUAUGAAGUGAUUUUCGAAUUGUUAGUACAUUCAGCCGUGGAAACAAACCAAUUGAGUGAGUUGUAUCAUCGUUAUCUCAGAUUGUGACGUUUUGAAGACCUAACCUAUCGUACUGAGUUGUGUUGAGUAACAUUGAAUUGAUUAUUUACUAGACACGAGAUCAAGAAGAGUCUUAAAGACAAGAUAACGCUCGACAUUUGUCUGUUGUAUUUACUCAUGUAAACGCAAAUAAAAUGAAUUCUUUCUGAGUCGA